AUGGCAAAUAAGAAUCAACCACCAAAAGUUUCGGAUAUCAGUACAGGUCAAAAAGCGUAUGCCAAAGCUAUGGAGAACGCAGGGACAUGCCAAUCAGCAGCCCUUGUAUCUAAGAAUGUUAUUCAACGCCAAAUUCUCCUCCAAGGACCCACAAAAACCCAACGCGAGGUACACUUGCCACAAGAAACCCUUCGCAGAAUCUGCUCCUACAUCGAACCAAAUGAGCUUCCCAAAGUCAGACUCGUUUCUCGCGGUUAUAGCCAUGCAGCCGCAGUUCCCAUGUUUAAAACCAUGAGACUCACCUUCUUGCCAACCUCAUUUAAACGUCUUUUGAAUGUCGCGGAGAGCACCACACUUCAACACCACGUUUUGGAGCUCAUAUACGAUUCUGAGUGGAACAUUGAUGAGCAAGGAAAUAGUACUUUAGAUUCUGUCAUACACCAUUACUCAUAUCGAUCUGAAUUCGAUGAGGCUUUGGCGAAGCUGACAAACCUCAACGCCGUCCAAUUUCACCCUAGCUGCAAAGUAUCAGGAGAGCCGGGAUAUAGGACGACCAAAAAUGGCCAAUUGCUCGAGAAAGACAUAUUGUUCAUCAAUCGGAGAGGAUUUGAUUCCUUUUGGAGCUUUUUAAAAUCAUCACUUCGUAAUGCGCCCAGAUUAAGAUCGAUCAUAGCAUCUCAAAGGAUUCAAUUUACUCUUGGAGGCUUUACAAAGCUCUCCAAUGAGGAGACGGAAGCACUUGGACGUUUAUACAACUUGUCUCUUGAAGUUGAUGGUGCCUUCGAAGAUCAACUCGUCGCUAUUUUAUCCUGCACGCCCAAUCUAAGGUCACUUCAGCUGGUACAUAAUAGUGGCCAGUGUGACUUUUCGGAAGUGGUUAAUCCCAGUACAAGAUUUCACUCAUUAGUUUCCCUCAAACUUGUUGGAUUCAAUUUGAAUGAGCGGUAUUUUAAGCAAUUUCUGCUUGCAAACGCGCAUUCUUUACGUUCGCUCUCACUUCGAGAUUUGAAACUUGAGAUCACCGAGGAAGAAUAUACUUCUAAAAAAUAUCGCAGAAGCAAUCAGUGGAUCCGAAUGUUUCAUUUCUUUGGUCAAUCAAUGCACCUAGAGGAAAUCGAAUUGUCUGGAAAUCUCUACACGUCAUUAUCGGGGACUUGGUCAGCACAAAUCUUUUUAGAGGGCGACGAUCUAUAUGAACCGUCCAGUCUGAUGCUACGUCUGAAGCAAUACAUCACACACGCUGAAGGCGGAUCUUUUCCUCUACCACAUCCAGAUGAAGACCUUACCAAUGUCAACCUGAAAAAGUAUGGUAACAAUGCUGGACUUUUCUGGUACAAAAUCUUGAAGAAGCAUGGAGAAAUUCGAUUAUUGAAAAAAGAGCCAUCCAAACCAUCGGCCUUCAAGGGAAUCUUAGAGUGGGGCGACUCAGACUCGGAUUCAGACUUGGAUUCAGUAUCGGAAAUAGACGACUAUGACGCAUCCUCGGAUUUAUUAUCGGAACUAGACAACUACGACGCAUCUGAUAGCCCCUCACCAUCCUCCGAACUUGAGUCUAUGGCUGCUCUAGAUGAUUUCCAAUCUGAUACAGAUGACGAAUAUCUAUCAGAAUUAGAGGACCCUCAGGCAGAGAUAGAGGAAAUGACACCGGAAAGCGCCUUCGAACAAGUGAAGUCUCUCCUUCUAGCCAAUCAAGAUUCAUGGACUGAUGGGGAGAGAGAGACAUUGAUUGCCAUGAUGGGCGAGUUUAUGACCAGCGGUGAAGAAAAGGGCUUCGAUCUAAAUGCAUUGGAAGAGGAAAAGCCUCUCAGCAAUGGUUCUGCACCAUGA